CACGAUCUCACUCUAGAAACUUUAGAAGACAUGCCCCACGACACAGUUGCAAAGAUUAAUUUUGCACCCACCCUAGAAGCCAUCUUCGCUCAGCUCCCAGAUGAGUUGCAGAAACCCCAGUUAGGGAUUAUCUGCGGAUCUGGGUUGAGUGGGCUAGUUGGCGCUCUGAAGGACGUCGUUAUUAUUCCUUACGAGAAGAUUCCUGGGUUUAGCAGGAGUACAGUUCCCGGUCAUAAGAGCGCGCUUGCGUUCGGAUUCCUUGGAUCUGGCAAAGGACUGCCCGUUGUUGCGAUGCUUGGAAGGUUCCAUCCUUACGAAGGACACUCUUUAUCGAGCACCGUCUUCCCUGUCCGCGUCAUGGCAAAGCUUGGUAUUAAAGAUCUUAUCAUCACUAACGCCGCUGGAUCACUAAAUCCAUCCAUUCCCGUUGGAACGAUUGUCAUAAUCCAAGACCAUAUCGCUCUUCCGAACCUCACAGGGAUGAACCCCCUUCUCGGUCCUCACCGACCGGAUUACGUCCGCUUCCUCCCUCUCUCCGACGCUUAUUCACCUGCCCUGCGUCGCCUAGCCUUCCUCGCCGCCAACAAACUCAACCUCGAGCCCUCUGCACUGGCGGAAGGAACUUACGCAUGGGUUAGUGGACCAACUUACGAAACUCCAGCGGAAGGCAGGCUCCUUCGACUCGCUGGUGCGGAUGUGGUUGGUAUGAGUACCAUCCCCGAGGUCCUGGCUGGACGCGAAGAAGGGUUGAACGUGAUGGUGAUGAGCUUGGUCACCAACUUUGUGGUUAUUCCUGACAAGUACAGGAGUAUCAAGGAGGAGGUUGAUGCGGAGCUUGCGGGCAAGAAGGUCGAGCUCCCUGUGGCACAGGUUGUGUCCCAUGAAGAGGUGUUGGAGAUAGGAACGUUGAAGGCGGAGGUUAUGAAAUCCUUGGUUGAGCAGAUUGCUGAAUUAAAGCUGUUGAACGUUUGAAGUCGGAGGUUUCGUUUUCGUUUGCUCCAUGUAAUAAUUUGAUCUAAUCGGAUCUAUGCUUGGU